AUGGUCACCACCACAAUCGACAAUAACCCUCUGGACCCUAACUACGCCGAACGCCGCAACUCUCUCGACGCAAGCAAUAAGCCACAGAAAACAAAGCCCGCUACAAAAGGACUGGAUGCUUUCGUUGAUAGGGAUGUUGCACCAUCACCUCAUACAAUGUGCUCAGAGCUAGCGCACCAGAAUGCCUUGGAGCAUUUGCACGAGAAUACUGAGCACUGGUCUCAGCGGGAGAUGUCAGAGCAUAGUAGCUUACUGUCUGAUCCGACUGCCGACCGUGGACUUCAAGCCCACCCCGAGGAGCUUGGCGAGUAA